AUGCUAAUUUAUUCACAAUCGUCAUUGGACCGUCCAGUUAAGCCGGCCUCUUCCAGUCGGCGGGUCAUCAUUCAGCCUCUCUCGCUCUCUUUCCAGUUAAGUCUAUCAAUCAUUCCAUCGGCCAGGCAUGAUGACAUGUCCUCCCCGGGCCAGCAUCACAUGCGCCAGCAAUCAUGCAACGACUGGAUCUGGACAGCAUGUCCAACUUCUCUUGAAAACCACGCUUCAUCCAAGAGGGUGUCACCGCCUCCUGGACACCUGUUGUACCCCCCACUCCCCGCUCCCCGCUCCCCGCUCCCCGCCGCCCCCAUACAAUCCAGUUUGGACAUGUGCCGAGCAAAGAGCGGUCUCAGGUCGAGUCUGUGCCUCGUGGAAGAUGAUGGUCUUCGUCUAAAACUAUGCCAGCUUAUCGAGAUUUGCUUGCUCUUCAUGUUUUCACACUUUCCUGUCUUUAUUCACACACUUCUUGGCGGAGUUUUGUAA